UCCCCUCCUUUCUGUCAUUGAUCACUUACAUUUCGUUGGUUGCGUAUGUAUAUAGGAAAUAUAGGAUAGUGUAGUGCCACCAAGGGAUGCUAGACGUGUAAACGCUCUCAUAAACUGACUGGUUGUUAUAGGAAUCUUCUUUGGAUUAAAAACAAGCUGACAUAGCGGAAUUAAGUUACUUUCCAAGAUGGCUUCAGCAAAUGAUUCCAAAUGGCAGAAGGACGCUGCGGAUCAGAAUUUCGACUACAUGUUCAAGUUGUUGAUAAUAGGGAACAGUUCAGUGGGAAAGACUUCUUUUUUAUUCCGCUACGCAGAUGAUUCAUUCACGUCUGCGUUCGUUAGCACCGUGGGCAUAGACUUCAAAGUGAAAACAGUGUUCAGACAGGACAAGAGGGUGAAGUUGCAAAUAUGGGAUACGGCUGGCCAGGAGAGGUACAGGACAAUCACCACAGCCUACUAUCGAGGGGCAAUGGGCUUCAUUCUCAUGUAUGACGUCACUAACGAAGAAUCGUUCAAUGCUGUCCAGGAUUGGUGUACGCAGAUCAAGACAUACUCAUGGGACAACGCCCAGGUCGUACUGGUGGGAAACAAGUGUGACCUUGAGGAUGAAAGGGUCGUGUCAACUGAGCGUGGCAAGCAAUUAGCAGACCAACUAGGCUUAGAAUUCUUCGAAACCUCUGCCAAGGAGAAUAUCAAUGUGAAGGCCGUAUUCGAGCGCUUGGUUGACAUUAUCUGCGAUAAGAUGUCUGAAAGCCUCGAUUCUGAUCCGACCCUUGUGAGCAGUCAAGCCAAGGGCACACGACUGUCCGAGAACCCGGGUCCCCAAGCGUCAAACUGCCAGUGCUAAUCUCCCUUUGAUGUGACGUUUUCGUCCACUGUACUCUGCUGUUAAUUUAUUGGAUAAAUCCAUUGUCAUAAGAUUUAACAACAUUGUCACCUUAGUUGAGAAGCAAAAUAUUUGCAGUUUUAGAUUUGCAAACUGUAUAAGUUGUUGAACUUUGGUGAUGAUUUUAUUGUCAGUUGCACUGUCAUGAUGUAGUUUGUGACUUGGUAAUCAUAAGAGUAUGUACUUUAGAACUAUUUUACUGGCACAUCAUUUAAUCACGUCAUGACUGACAUUGGUGGACUUUUGUCCAGCUGGUCAUUAUAGAUCUGUUUUAUGUCAAAUGCAUUCCAGUUAUUCAGAGAAAAUGUUUAUAUAAUUUUUUUUGUAAAGUUGUGUAGAGUGGAUAUAGCGAUGUGAAGACAGUUUUCUUAAGGUAUUGUUAAGAAAAAAAAUUGGGGGUUAUUUGUUGGAAUUGGUGGUUAGACUCUGAUAAAACUGAAUAACAGAGUGACUGCUACCCCAGACCCAACUGAAAUAAUUUCAUGCAUGUUAUUUUGUUUUAGUUAUCAUUUAAACACACAUGUCAAAUAGAGAAUCUGUUAGAGGUUGUGUUAUACUAGUUGUAUUACAUGGGUGAUAAAUGGGUUUUCUUCAUUUUAAUAAUGACCAUGAAACAGUUGCAAGUGAUAUUAAAGGAUUUAGCAAUUAAAAGAUCAUGCUUUUUUAUUUUAAAAAACCUUCUAGAAAACAGAUUUUUCAGCCAGUCAAUGAUUUUGUUAUACACUAAAAUUAUUACUGUUUUGGAGUAGAAUUUCUGAUGAUGUUUUUAUGUGCAUUUUUCGAGUAUCAGGUUACAGGGUAAGAGCACAUAGAAAUGUCCAUGGUUGCAAAUGAAUUAUAUUUAUAAAACAUUGUCAUUGUCAGUUUGAUUAAAAAUAUGUUUGGAUAGAAAUUCAAUUUAUUUUUUGAAAAUGAACAUGUUUAGCUUCAGUACGGAUAUAUUCAUGUUUGCUUCAUGUUUUGAAGGUAAUGUUUAGUAACAACAUUGGAAAUUAAGCAUACCAGGACACAUGACUGUUUAAAAUGUGUAUGUUGUAUUGAUAUUUAUAGUGUGAUGCAUAUGAAUCCCAUGGGACAUUGUAUGAACUUUUGACUCAAACAAUCAUGAGGUCUUUGUCCUGAAGUUGACAUGCUAAAAGUCUAUAGGACAUACUUGUUUACCACUUGACACAAGCUGACAUUUAUUUUUUGUUGUUUUUGGCCCCGGAAUGAAAGAACAUGAACGUGGUUACUAUACACGCCAAAGCUGUUAGGUUCUUGAUUGUAUUUAUUCAAAUAAUUUGUUAACAUGCACAUGGAAAUCUACAUCUACUACAACUUCAAGCUUAACUUAAUACAGAAUGUUCUCCUCAAUAAAGAAAUUUUCAGCAUUUGAUAUUUUCCAUGGUAUACUUUAUAGAAAAAAAAUCGCAGAACUGAAGAAAAUAAAGUUCCUCUGCUUCUUGCUACAUUUAUGUAGAAUAAAGGUCAAUGAUAAAUAAGAAGUUUAUUGUUGGCUUUAAUGUUACAUGUAGAGCUUCUAGUGUUUAUUCUUUGUCGUAUACUUCAGGCCUAGACUUUUUUAUAAGUUCUUCUUUCUUGUGGACUAUUAAUGUUUUGUAUGAAAAUAACACAUAUACAUCACUACUGAUUGCUUUAAAUGAACUUCCCAUACAAUUGUCAAAAUGCUUUACAAGCCUAUGUUGCUAUAAAAUGAUGUUGUGAUUGGUUUGAAUUUAACCUACAUUUCUCACAAACCAGCAUUGUUUAAAUCUUAUUUUAACCCUUUGCAUGCUGGGAAAUUUGUCGUCUGCUAAAAUGUUGUCUGCUAAAUUUCUAAAAUUAGCAUUUUCUUUGAUUUUUUUCAAAUAAUACUGUCAGAAUAGCAAACAGUUUGGAUCCUGAUGAGAUGCCACGUUCUGUGGCGUCUCAUCUGGAUCCAAACUGUUUGCACAGGCCUUCAAAAUUCGGUUCCCGCACUGAAAGAGUUAAGUCAUUUCAAAUCAUUUUGAACUGGUGAUAUUUUGUUACAUUACAUUUUCAUUAUUCUUGCAAUUCUUAUUUCAAUUGAUGUGAUUUAGACCAAAGAUAGAAUCUAUCACUAUAUUUGCUCUUCAAAGAAAUCCAGUUUGUGUUCUUGUGCAAUAUUUCUAUUUCUGCCUCAAUUUUUAGCUUUUUCUGGAGUCGAUCUGCUCCAAGAAACUUACAUUUCUGUGCAAUCUACAUAGACGCAGUAAAUUACAAAUUCCAGCAAAAAAUUACAUGUAUUAAUUAUUUCCUCUGUGUUCAUAUUCUUUGUUUUUGUUGUGUUCUUGACUAUUAUUGCAUUUAUUGGCAAAUUUUACAUUAAUUUGUAUUCUUUCUAUUUGCUCAGUUUUACUUGUUGCAUGUUAUUUUAUACAAAUGAGAAGUGGGAUGACACACUUAUGAAACAUCUGAAAUAGUGUGAAACUGUGUUUUUUUGUUUAUUUAUGCCAUGAAAUAUCAGCUGGUUUGUUUGGGACCAAAUUUGUAUGGCUGGGAUGUUGGCUUCAUGUGGAUUUUCUAAUAAUCAUGGCAUGCAUUGUAAGUGUUGAAAUAAGACUCUUAUGAAAGUUUGUUUUUACAAUUAAGUACUUGUUGACUUCAGUCCUCUGCCUAGAAUUGACAUUUAAGAGAUGCGAGCAGCUAAUGGUGGUCAAAGUACUGUAAGAUUUGAUUCACUGAAUUGGUCGGUAGGGAGGGACGUUGUACCGUCAGAUUGGAUUCACUCCAUUGGUCUAUAGGGAGGGACAUAAAACUUCAAGGUUUGCUUUACUCCAUCGGUCUCUAGGGUACUGAUAACGCAACUUGUGGGUAAAUAAGUAUUUAAACUCUUAUCAGUACAUCUGAUAAAAAAUCAAGACCAAUAUUUUAGGUAACUGUUGAAUUUUUUUAUGAGUAUUAGUUUGGUAAGCUGUGUGUAGUUUAUGUUGACUUCGAUAAAUUGUUUUGAGAGCUAUGAAAAUGCAAUAGCUAAAACAUAUUUUAUUGAUUCAUAUUUCUUCAAAUAAACAUUUCCAGUUUUACAUUCCAAACUUCAGUUUAUUUGUGUCUAAGGUUAUCAAAUGUACAAUCCAUAAUGUUACUUUUACGCAUAACUUUCAGCUGUAAGCCAAACUUUAUUUUUUGUGACAACCAUUCAAAAUAUUGUUUAGAUUCAAUUUCUCUUUUGUUUGUUUUUGGUUGUGAACUUUUCUAUGUUUUGUUUAAAAUUAACUAGCUUUAUAUUGGGUAAUUUGCAAGGUUGUUUUCUUGGUUGUGCAGUCUUACCAGUCUUAGCAUUGGUUAACAUUAUAGUGAUAGAUUUCAUGGUUUGUGAAAAAAAUGUUGUUUUGUUGUAAAUCACUUUUUACAUAGGCAUUUAGCAACGUAUUUGCUUCUUUAAGUAUCCAAUUGUACUUUAUGUUAAAAUAAUUGAAAAUUCUUUAACUGACACAUAUACAAUGAACAUGUCACUGAUAUAAGGAAAAGUUUGAUUUAUGAAAUUUUUGUUAGUCUUUCCUUAUAAGCUUACAUAAAAAGGUUCUAGUGGCUAUUAAUGUAAUGGUCUUUGUCUUUAAAAAAGUGUUGGAGCUCAAAAGUCAAUUUGCAUAUGGGUAUUCAUUUUAAUUUCUGCAAUAGCGUGUUUGCUUAGAACAAUGAUCUGCAACAACAUCCUUACAAUUCUUUCAGACAGUAAAUUCAUGUUACGUCAUAAAAGUAACCACAUAAAUAAAUCAAUAUUUGUGUGUCAGAUUUUGCAUUUCUCUUUUAAGUUAUGUUACCUUUCUAGUCCUUGGAUCUCUUUCAAAAACAUCUUCUGAUACAUCUUAGUGUUGUAUACAGCAUUACAGUAACAGAAAAAAAGUUUAAAAAAUAUUGCACUAAGGCAAGGAAAAUCAUGUGUUUAUAAAAAAAAUGCAUUUAUAGGGUUAAACUAUGAAUAUUUGUGUUAUGCUGAACAUUUAUUUAAAUUAUACAUUAUUUUGAUAUUAAAGCCUGAAUUAAGUGACACAUUUAUACGGGCCUAAAAAUAAGUGCAAGACUUGAACCAAGAUGUAUCACAAUUUGUGUAAUGGUUCCAUGCUUGUUAAUUUUACUCUUACAAUUUUAUUUUUUGUUACAGUUUCUAAGAACAUAUUUUAUUUAGCAAAAUAAAUAUUUAUGUUAUUAAGAUGUUUUCUUUAUAUAUUAUGUCUGUUGCUUUUGUCGAAAGUCUCAAUUUUGAGAAUUGCAUGACAAGCUCUUACAUAAAAUGUUCACUCAUGACAUUAAACUGGUCUUUUUGUUUAUCUUUGCAUUUAAACUUCAUCUUGUAUUCAUAAUAUUAUUAUAUAGCAAUUAUAUAGUUAUUUAUGUAUUCAAAUUAUAUUUUGUACAUACAUUAAUCAGACGCAAUAUGUUUCUGAUUUCAAGCAUAUUUAAAAAUCAGUUUUUGUGGAUUUUAUUCAUAUUCAAACAGCAGAAUUUUCGUAUUUCUUUUGACUUCUGCUUAAAAUUUAAACAAAAUCUUAAAUAAAAAGUCAGAGUGUUUGCAUAUUUUUGCAUUCUGUCUUUUUUGAUUUCAUAUUUUCCAAUUGUUGCAUUUUACACCAAUAACACAUUCCAAUUUGGGAAACAUGUACAUGUAUAUGAAAUGCGAUAACAAUAAGUAUCAAAGAAAGAAACAAGGGAACAAUAUUUUUUUAUGAAAUAAGAGAACAUUAUGCAUAAAAUAAGGGUAAUAAAAAAGAUUUAAUGUUAAUGAAAUAAGAAUCUCUUAGAAGUACAGAUCUGAUACUGUGUUCAUUUAAUUAUGAAAUAAUAUUUGUGUUGUGUGACUGUAAAUAGCUCAUCAUGUAAAUGUGAUCAUUUAUUUCUGGUUGGGAACUUUGUUGAUAUUUGGGAUGAUGCCAUACAAUGAAUGAUUCUAUUUGAUUUAAGAUCAUUAAUUAAUACAAAAUGCAAUGAUUUUGUUCAUUGACUGUCAUCAAAGCAGCAUUGUUUGAACAUUGAUGCCCUGAAACGGUACAUUUUCUGUGAAACCUAUAUUUAGCGAUUGAUGUUGAAUUUACCAUCAAUUAUUCAUUUGUUUAUUUAUAAAAUGUGAUUUUACUUAGGACUAUUGUGCAGUAUGAUGCAUAACAAACAAAUAUUUCAUAAACACAUCAAAUAAUUUAAUAAAUUAUACUAUUAUCUUACCAGAGUCAUAAUUUUGUAAGAAAUGUGAAAACACCAUGACUUAAUUAGUGAUGUUUGUUGAAUGAAGCUAAUAAAUUUUCUUCCGUGGUUUUUAAGACUGAUUUGUAAAGGAAAUGGAUUCAAUCUUAUGUACCGCAUGAAUAUCAGUCAAUGUUUGAUCAAGUCCCUAAACCUUGUGUAGUGUAGAUAGGUUGCACCAUGUAUGUCCUGUUUCCAUUAUGUAUCUGUAUACACGUGUAUUGUUUUCAUAUUAUUAGAUAUUUUGUGUGAGUGGAAAAUCAUAAAAUAAAGUUAAUGGUUAGCACUUGA